AUGCAGAUAUUCCGAGACGCGGUAGACCACGGUGUACUUUGGAGUUUGAGAAUGUUGGACGCGAGCGGACAACCAACGUCGGGAUACAUUUCAGGAAACAACUAUUGGGUGGGAAAUAGACAAGAAUGCGAGUUCCUUAGCCAGAAGAGACAAUUUCCAUUGUCAGAGAAGAAGAUUCGAAAUAAUUCGAUCUACCGUAAUCCAGCCGAAGAGUUUCCUCCUUUCGAGCUCAACUUCUUUGGUGCUCAUCUCAAUCAGAAUGGCACUGUGCAAUAUCAUAUAAGUGUUCCUAUGGAAACGAUAAUAGUACUCGGACUUUGUCUACCAGCAUCCUGCAGCGAAUACGAAGUGGGUACAAUGCUAAAGAAGGUAUUCGACGAUAGACUUCUUCUAGUUGGACAACUCUAUUCGACGGACGUUGAGUUGAUGAAAAUCUCUAAUCUGAAAGAUGAUCAUGCGUGGCUUCUCAGUGGAAAAAUCAUUACGAUUUUAUUUAUUUUGACAGUAUUAUUCGGUACAACGAUAGUAGCCACGUUAUACGAUAUUCUCAUCUAUCAGAAACGUCUACAGAAUAGUUUUACGAUCGUAGUGUUGUUUAAUAAUAGAACUGUUGUUCAAUAAUAUGUAGAAUUAAAGAACAACACGGUGGAGAAAUUGAUAUAUAUCGAAGAGGACGCUGUACCAUCAGAACCGAAAGCAGGGAAUCGAAUUGCAAAAAUCCUUAUAUGUUUCUCAGCUUAUUCGAACAUGAAACAAAUAUUCAAAUUAGACAAUAGUUCAAAUGAUUUGAAAGCGUUUCAUGGCAUGAAGGUUAUUGGAAUGAUAUGGAUCAUGUUUGGCCACGUUAUAUACUACAGCCUGAACGUUAUUGCUAACAAGGCAGAGGGCUAUAUAAUAUUGAACAAUAUUGAAUCGCAAAUCAUGUCCAAUGGUAUAUUUCCUGUGGAUACGUUUUUCUUUAUCAGUGGUUUCCUCGUGGUGUUUGGAUUUACAAAGAAAUUACAAAGGAACGAAAAUAACGUUUCAUUAAGCAGUAAUGUAAUGACUUUCAUUCGUGCAAUCAUCAAAAGAUACAUCAGGUUUACACCGACGUACUUGAUUAUAAUAUUGCUCGCCAUUAUAAACUUCGCUUGGGUUGAGAAAUUUUCGUUGAUGUAUUUCCAUGAACCGAUGCACGAACUAUGCUCAAAAUACUGGUGGAGAAAUAUACUCUACAUCAAUAAUCUCUUCAAAUGGAAUGAUAUGUGUCUGACAUGGAGCUGGUAUAUCGCCAAUAACAUGCAGUUCUUUGUUUUCAGUAUCUUUGUUUUGAUUUUAUCAAGCAGCUACUAUUACACUGCUCUAACCUUAAGCAUUGCUACUAUGUUUUUAUCCAUAUUGGUGCACGCUUAUAUAACGUACGAUAUAGGAUACAUUCCUACAUUCGAUAUACAACUUGAGACGCUUACUUCCAUAUACAUACGACCAUGGAUGAGAAUACCACCGUACAUAGUAGGGAUGGGCACAUCGGUGUUUCUUGCAAAAUGCAAUUAUAAAUUACACCUGUCAAGGAAAUCGUUAGCUGCCUGCUGGUUCCUCAGCGUUUUGUGUAAUUGCACGAUUCUAUUUGGUAUCUCAAAUAGAAACGUGUCGCUUACUGUAUCAGUCCUUUACGAGACGUUUAGCAGAUUUGCUUGGAGCCUUGGAAUAGCGUGGCUCGUAAUCGCCUGUGCCACAAACAAUGGCGGUAUCGUAAAUCAAUUUUUGUCAUUGAACUACUGGAUUCCCUUCAGCAGAGUAACGUUCUGCGCUUAUCUUCUAAAUCCAUUUUUAAUACAAUUAAUGGGUAUGGUUAGCAAUUAUCCAUUCAACCCUGAUGUUAUAACGAUCGGUGCUUAUGGUAUCGCAAUAUGUGUAGUUACUUUCUUUGUGUCUUUUGGAUUGUCGGCGAUGAUUGAAGUACCUACGACAAUAUUCUUACGAACACUCAGUACAUAGUAUGGUAGUCCUCGAAGAGCACAAAUUACUUUAUUGCAGUUUAUUGCGGGGCCAUAAAGGGCUCGCAGGAAGGUCUUGUACGAAGGAGCCAGCUAGGCUCUUUAGAUAGAAAAAGGUUAGGUUUGGUUAUGUUAGUUAGCCAAAAAGUACUAAAAAAAAAGGCCUGAAUGGCUUUAGUCAAUGAAAAAUAAUUAUUUAUUUCAUAUCUUGAAAAGAAAUAUGUUUCUGGCAGUCUGGAAGGCCUUAAUCAUCCAGAAAAUAUUAAUAUUAAACUAUUUAUCGACUCUUCAGAGCUCUGUAUACUACCAGGUAUACAGUACAGGACCUUCGU